GUUUUCUGUUGGUGAGCCGUAGGAGAAUGUUACAAAAUUUAAAAUAUCUUUCAAAUACGGAUGUUUUCUUAUUUAUUUCGUGCCGGAAUGAGUUGAUAGAAGAGAAGAACAUUUUAUCAAUUUACCUAAAUCAAGCCUAUUCAUUUAAAGAAAAUGUUCAGUAGAUUUUAUUGAUUUCAUAUUUUUUUGAAUAAUCAUUUAAAAAAAAACCUACAGGAAAAUUACGCUUCGUCUGACGAUAAAUUUGAAUUUAAAUUCAGAAUGAAAGAAGAAUAUUUUCAAUUGGAUCAACAACACGGAAUAAGAAUAUCACUGACAGGAAAAGAUGUUAAAGAAAUCAAAUCUUUUGCCACUUUUGAAGAGAUAUUUAAGACUAAUCCAGAAACAAAUAUGAUUGAUCCUUUUAAAUUUGAAAUUGGCAACAAAUAUCCUCCUCUUCAUAUGACUAUUUCAAUUGGUAAAUUUUCUGAAGAUUGUAUUUUCGAUACAUUACUCAAGUAUAGAGAUUCGGAUUCUAUUAAAUCUUCUAGAAGAAGACAGGAAGAUAAAGCUACAAUUAAAGAAGCUUUCUAUUAUUUUUGGAGAAGAUCACUCACAGGACACAUAUGUAUGCCAUUUCGACAAACUGCUACAACAGUAAACUUUGAUGAUGAUAGGCCUGGAAAGAAGAAACAAGUUUUUGAUACAACUCAAUCAAAUGUUUCAAUCAUUUUAAACAGCACUAAAAACAGAAACUACCAUGAAAUUGAUAUUGAAAAUUUGAAAAGAUUAAUGAAAAUGCUCAAUUAUAGAUAUGAAAUAUGGGAGAAUUUGUCUUUGGAAGAGUUCAAUACAAAAAUAGAUUCCCUACAAAUAGAUUCAUUAAAGUCACUCACAUUCUAUGUAAUGAGCCACGGCAACUAUCAAGGUUUUGUUUUAAAGGACAUGAAUAGCUAUAUAAAAUAUACAGAUUUUCUUUUUACUAUUACAAAAAAAAAGAAAUUGAAAAAUUUAGAUAUUCCAAUGAUAUUCUUUUUUCAAACUUGCCGUUCAGCAACAGAUGAUGCUUCAAAAGUAAGACCUUUGCAGGAGUUUAGUCACAGUUUACAUCCAUUUACGACUAAUAAUAAAACUGACGAAGAGAACAUUUUUGAAGGAUAUGCAUCAGUUAAAUAUUUUCCAUCAUUUCGGACACCGUAUGGAACAUAUUAUAUACGUGCAAUAAUCAUCUGUAUUAUUCUGUUCCGGCAUAAAGACAAUCUGGAAGAGAUAAUGGAAAAGGUUAAAAAAUGCAUGUUUGGAGCUGAACCACGUCCCUUCCAAAUCGGAAAAGAACUUGAACUUUUUAAGUCUAUUGGAUUCGAUCACUCAAGCAGAAAAAGAAGGCAAACUUUAUGUUAUGCUCCUCAUAUGCCUAUAGAACAAGAUGACAAGCUAAAAGCAAGACAAAAAUGGGUAACUGGAGUCCUAGCCAAGAUCUUAAUCAGUCAUGACGGAGUUAAAAAGAAAUUCAGGAUCGAGACCAAAAUGGGGCCAUUCAUAAGAGCUGUGGGUGAACUACUACUUGUGGGAGAAUGA